GAGAACCAGUCGUCGUCGUCGUUGCAUAGAAGUUAAAAUCGUGCUUCGCGAAUGUGUUGAGGAUUCACAGCUCGGAAAUCACAUCAUCAUCGCGUCGAAUACUGCUAAUUUCCCAUUCCCAGUGAGCUCAAAACAGUGAUUACGAUUGAAGAUGCAGCAACAGCGACCUUGAUUCCAGCGAAAAAAAAAACUUUGUUUUGAAAUUUUGGCCAGAGAAAAAAGUGUUGUGAAACUUGUUCCAGAGUCGGCUGACAGCAGCAGCAAGUCGUAAUAACGGGAAUUCCCGUCCUCUUUUGGGAUCAUCUGCCAACACCAAGCAGCAAAAUGCCUCCGUGUCAAGGCCCUUGCGCGAGGUCAACGGUGUUCGCGCUAGUGCUGCUGGCCUUGGCCACCGGUGUCCAGUUGGCUCCCCCCGGGAUUCCGUCGGCACCUUCCGGCGAACUGACCGCCGCUGGAGCCAGCAACAUCGCACCUCCAGUCAAAUCCGGAGAUGCGACCACGACGACGGUGAAAUCGGUCCCCACCUCCGUCUCGAAUGAUCUACUGGAUUACCAGAAGCUGGAAUUUUUGGCCGUUUGCCUGGCCAGAGAUGUCAAAAAGCCGGACGUUCUGCUGUGCAAUCUCUACCGGAACCUGACGACGGUGCUGACCGCUCGCAAGCAGAACCCGGUCACGGUCAAAACCGUCCAGGACAUGCUCGCCGGACCAGACGCCUCCGGAGGAACGGACAAAUUCUGCGAAAACCUCACACCGGUGCUGCAGGCCCUCCGCGAGAAGGCCACUUCGGGCAACGAGCGCUUACAAUUCGAAGCGAAGCCGCUGGAGCGGGAAGCCGUCUGUGCGAAUCUUUGCCUCCCGAUGGACGAGGUGGAGUUUCACCUGACGCUGAAACCCAUCUGCCGGGUGUUGCUUUGGGGGUUCCGCCAGUUGCUGCUGCCUGAGCCGACCGCCGGGGAGACGGUGGAAGUGCAGGCAGCAGAAAAGGUGGUCAUUCCACCGCUGAUUGACCAGGGUUUGAAGCUGGAAAAGGUGGUGGAACCAAAGGCUGACACCGCUACGAAGCCCGUAGCCGCCAAACCGGUUCAGCAAACUUCCGCCGCCGCCACCGCUCACGUCACACCCUCGACCAAUUCCGCCUCUGCCAUCGCCAAUGCCCCUCCGGCAAGGGAAGCCGCUGCCAAGGCGGACGAAAAGGACGAUUCGCAAAAGAUUGCUACCGUGGAAGAGAAAACCCUGGCGGAAGAUGAGGAAAAUGGGGCAUUUUUGGACCAGGAAACAAAGAACCAGCAAAAUAUUGAGGACAUUGUGGGCGGAGAGGGUGGCGUGAAGGAGAACAUGGACACCGGAGAUGAGGAUGCGAUGUAUCCGGGGGAGGACAGCGAUGAGGACCCGUCGAUGGACACGAACGUUCCGACGGCGGCGGGUGGAGCUGCUGUGGCAGCAGGAUCUGCCCCGAAGGAGAUGGCCGUUCGCGAGAAGCAGCCGGAACCGCUACCUCGGCUGGACAAGGAAGACCUCAGCUUGAGCGACGUGCAGCGCGAAGAACUGCCGGUGGAUCCGUUCUUCGAGGAGGGCGAUUCGAACUUUUUCUCCUACUUUUUGCUCGUCAUGUUUGCCUGCAUCGUGAGCUACGUCGCGUACCACAACAAGUCCAAACUGCUAGCGCUCGCCCUCGAGGGUCGACGGUCUAGUACGGGCCGCGGUGGGUUCAGCAAGGGCCGGAAGCAUACCGCCGCCUACCGGAAGCUGGACUCGAACCUGGAGGAGGCGAUCAUGUCCAACUCGGCGGCCAGCAGCCGGUCGCAGCAGCAAAUCAUCUACUAAAACAAAGAUUUCGAGCAAUUUCACACACACACACACAUUUCACGUGCAAUCAUCUCAUCAAUUCAUUUUAGGGAGGCUUGGCUAAGCUGCGCUCUCUGUCGCUUUUGCGUUCCGUUCUUAACUUAUCUACAUCGUGGCCCAUUACUCGGUUUAAUUCGUCGCAAACGCCUUCAAACACACAUAUGAGCAACACAGAAUACAUAUUGGAGAAGCAAAAACAAAAAAAAGCAAAGUUCGGCAGCGGCCGCUUUCGAACCACGCAAUGAAAGCUGCUUGAUCUGCGCGCGCGUUGCUACUGCUGCCGCAACAAGAUUUUUUGAUGAUAAUAACUACUUUUAGGGAGGCAAAAGAAAACACGGUAUAUCAAAUAUCGCGCGUAGUAAUCGUCCUGUACAUAGAGAAGAAAGGAGUAGAAAGAAGCGAAUUUGAUUGAUGAAGCAUACGCGCCAACUCUCCGGCGUCGCGGUAGUGUUUGACUGUUCGUUUCCCCGUAUUUUGUGUUUCCGCCCAAAGCGCGUGCUUACGAGAGGAGAAGAAUGCUAGAACAUCCCGGUUUUUAUUCGUUAAAUUAAACUAACCCGAUUUGUAAGUUUGCAUGAAAAGGGGAAGCUUAGUUGAAGAAGAUUGGAGGAAAACUUCUGUAAGAUUUUUACAAAAUAAAGAGAAAAGUAUAAAGAGUAA